AUGCACAUCAUUUUAUCACAAACUAUUAUGCGAAAAUCGUGGUCGGAACCGUGUUUAGUGUAUUUUUUUUUCUUUUAUGCAGAUCUCCGUGGCCCUAAUUAUACAACUGCAGAGUGCAUACUACUAUUUCCAGUUGCCAUUAUUACGGGCAUUUGGUUAGUUUACAUUUGUAUUUUGACAAUCUUUGCCCAAGUAUAUCAGACUCUCCUAGCUUGUCACAUUUUCGAACUGAGCUCAAAACUGGGCAAAGAUGAGCCACAGCUCACGGAACUUCAAAUUGGCAGAAAACAAUAUGAAAUGAAAAGCACUAUUCGGACGCUUUAUAUAUGUUGUAUUGUCAGAGAUUUGGUAUUAACUCCCGUGAUAGUAAUAUGGUCAGCCAUGAACGUAUCUAGAUCAAUUUCUCUUGAAGCAUUAGAUUCAAUCAAGGAUCAGUUCACACUUAUAAGAGUUUUCCGGCUGAUUACAUUCGACUCAAUUGUGCUUUUUGUACCAGCUGCGGUAUUGUACUAUCUUAGUCAGAGAAGGAACCUGAAUAACAAGGAACAUGCCAAAAAUCCAUUACAAGUUCAUAUAUUCCAUCAGGCAAUGAUUAUGACAUCAAUAAAAGCAAUAACAGUUGCACUUUGCACAAUAAUGUCUCUCAUUGAUCAGAAUCUUUCUUGGAUAACUACCGCUACACUAAUGGACCAAAUUUUGGUAGUUGUGUCAGUUCAAAUCUCUACGACAAGAUGUUUCAAACAGAGAUUAAUAGCUUACCAGGAGAGCAAGAAACAGGAAGUUGUCCUGCCAAGACUUGCUCCAAUUAGUUAUCAACAACCUCUAAAAUAUUGA